UAGCUGGCAGCUGCCAAUCGGAAGGUCAAAUAGCAGUACUGUUGUAGGUUCGUAGUUUCGCAAGCCUGAAGGACGGCAAGAGAAUGGCUAAUGCUCCUCCGGUCUGGCUCAAAUGUCAAGAUGCAGGCACUAAGUAUGGUUCAAGCGAUGAAUGGAUCCAUACUGAUGGCCCUAGAAAAGGCCACUUGGAUCUUGAAAAGAUUGUGACUGGCCAAGGGACGUCUGCACAUUAUGUGGAAUUCGUUCGGUACGAGUCAUCAAGUCGGUUUCUCAUAGAUGAAACUAAGAAAUUUUGGGCAGAGUUACACACUAUUGUCAAGAAUAUUAUUGGUAAAGAUCCAGCAAAGGUUAACUGCGAAGUCUUUAAAGGGCGUUUAGUACGUAUCCUGACAAAGGUCUUCCGUGAGCAUCACAACUUGUACGUCAACGGGCUCAACGCUAGGCCCAUGACUGCAUUGGCUCCCCACAUGACUGAUUUUGCGCCGAAACUAGAUCAAGAAAUACUAAAGGACGAAAGUUCCCAUGGUGCUCUUUGGAAGGAAUGUGGAAUCGACCCCGAACUCAUCCGGACCUGGCAGAGGAAGCUAUUUGACGAACUGAUAGUACUCGCCAUCCGUCAAUGUCAAAUUGCCAGCAAGCAACUUAGAAAGUUGAACCGUUGCUCAAUCUGUGAAUCGCAACUCUGCUGUGUAGAGAAGCAUCACCCGGAGGCCUUCCUCCUCGCUAACUCGGCGUAUCGUGUCAGUGGAAUUGGACGGAGUGUUGAAGAUGUGUUAGAGUGGCCCGCUGGAAAGCUGAAGGCUGCUACCAGGCAGGCUGUGACUCGUUAUAUCUUCACUCCGUCAAGGCGAAGAUUCCAGAAGGAUAUCCUCAGCUGGAAAGGCUACGACAAGAAGCUUGAGUCAUCCUGGUUACGGAUUCUGCUUGUGCCUGAGGAAGAGCAUGACCAGUAUGUGCAGUGCUGCAAGGAAAUGAACAGGGUGGACGGGGACUUCCAAAAUACCUUCCACGUCCUCGUUCUAUCGAACAUCAGCGACACGGAGCACACCAUAGGCCGGUCACGUUUCAACAUCUUGAACAUUGCUCGUUUCUGGGGACUCCCAGGCUGCUGGGUGAUCGACGACAGUGUGCCUGUUGACACUAUCGAAAAGAUGCAAGUUGAUCAGCUGGAUGGUAGGCUCUCUUGGCAGCGUUUGGAUCCUGAUAAGCCAAUGAUGGAGAUUGAGAUGCAUUGCGAGAGACAUACGAAUGUGGCUCAAGUGGGCAUAGCUUCAUGGUGGUCCACUCGCAACCUAAACAGCUCCAGUAAGCUCCUCCAGUGCAACGAACGAGCACCCACUGGAUUCAUAUUCCUUCGAGUCGACCGCUGCUACUCAGAGCACCAGUUGGACACACGGACUAGACUGAUACGUCACGUUGACUAUGAACCCGCCCUACCGUUCAAGGAAGAUAUCAUAUUUUCCCAGGGAUUGGUGUCGGGCGGACGAGUCGUGAUAGUCAAUCGAGGAUUCCGUUUUCGUGACGGGGUGCAGAAAAGCGUCUGCUGCAACGCAGCACUUCCCCAAGCACGGGUGCUACUCUGAACCAGGGAGUCGUAUAGACCCGGGAGGCGACACGAGGCCUUCCGGGCCGACUAUGAUUGACUCGCGGCACUUUCUCCCACUUUUCCCUCAGAUAUCCCCGGUGCGUGCCCUGAGUUAUAAACCAACUACUCCGCGUACUUAUGCCAUGGGACUUUGGGAGUGCACUCCUUGGGGAACGGACUCGUGCAGGAUCGGUAGGAUCGUGGGAAAUCGUAGCUCGAAAAGAAGAAGAAGAAUGAACUACUUUUCCAAGUAAUUAGUUGCAUUUGAUGAUCGUGAUGGAGGCAGAGAGUGCUGCUGAUCGCGAUCCAGAUCCGGGUCACCUCCUGAUCCUAAGGAAACCUCAGCUGACGUAGAUCUACGUUCUCUUCGCGUGAACGCUCAGUCUGUGUUGGCUUGGGCCACAGAGCGUUCCGAAUCCCAACCGCUAAAGACCCACAGAAGGCAAGAAGCUUGCGUUGCAAAGCUGCUGUCCCGCCUGACUACGGAGAAAGAAGACUGGUUUAUGGUUGUUCUACAGCCGCUGCUGACGUCCAUCAGCUCCCAGUGUCCUGCUCCCAGCAGCAGAUAGGCCUGGAUUUCAAUGAGUCGUGUCCCAACUCCGGUGUGAACGAUUUCCCGACGUCAAGACGAAGUGGGGUCAAGUCAUGGGUGUUGCAAGGAAGCUGUCACAAGAUGAUCCGGUAUUGAACGGCUACAGCACAACCGAGAGAACGAAAUGUACGUCGCAAUCAAGCUGUGUCGUGGCCAUCUUCAAUGUGCCAUGCGUUACCUGAUGUGCCAGCCUGCUAUGUUGGAUACCGCUAACCAUGCAUCGACUAGGCGCCAGGCGCGAACUGAUGGUGGUGGUGGUGGUGAGAAGGAGAGCUCUGUGCCAGAAUAACUUUGCAGUUUGGAGAGCGUGUCUGGGCAGGCGUGUAUUUACCCCCAUAUUGCCAGGUGUGUAUUUACCACCAUAUGAACCAACCAUAAGUGCGGUUGCAGUGGAGUCUUCAACUUCAUUCUCCCGAGUCAAGCUCCUUGUGAAGGCAUCUAAGAAGAAGAUUGCCUGAUGAGUCCAGCCGGGACGAAAGGUACGCCGCAUUCAAGCUAUGUUGUUGCUGUGUCAUCUGCUAUGCGCCAUACGCUACCUGAUGUACCAGCCUGCUAUGUUGGACACCACUCACCCUGCAUCGACUAGGCGCCAGACGCGAACUGAUGAUGGUGGUGGUGGCGGGAAGGAGAGCUCUGUGCAAGAAUAACUUUUCAGUUUAGAGAGCGUGUGUGAGCAGGUGUGUAUUUACCGCCGUAUGAAUCAACCACAGUACGAUCAGCUGACGUUAUAACUUAUAAGGAUGAUCUCGUGCAGCGAUAUUAUGAUAUUUUUUCAGUCUUUUCUAAGGACUCUCCACUGCAGCGUUUUCUUUCCACUCGGUUCUCUUCUUUUCAUCGCUCAGCUUGCACUUGCAAUGCUUAUACAUACUGAUCAAUCCCGUUCAAUUUUCCGUACAUUUUUCUCAAAAUCCAUAGUGCGGACGAAGUAGUGAUUUUCCGUACAAAUAUGGAAAAUACGGAAGGUUGAUAGCACUGUGUUGAGGCAGCUAUUGUUGACUUUAUUUGGAAUUAAUUCUGUUGUAUUUGCACACAUUCCUGAGUGCAUUGUAUUACUAUUAGCA